CUGUUCUGUGUUCUUACAGUGUCAGAUUAUCUGAAACCUGUGAGGCGGAGAAGCAGCAAUGAAUGGCGACCUAACAUGUCUGAGCUGAGUGUUGUUCUGCUGGGGAACAGCUGGUCUGAGAGGAGUUCAAUGGGGAACUCCAUACUGGGAGAGACUAUGUUCAGCACUGAGGAAGAACCAGACCACUGUGUGAGAGUCAGAGGACAGUUAAAGGACAAAGAAAUAGUUCUCAUCAACACUCCAGAUCUGCUGCAUCCCAACAUCUCAGUGGAAGCUAUCAGAGAAGAGGUGAUCAGCUGUGUGAGUCUUUGUCCUCCUGGACCAAAUGUCCUGCUGCUGUUAGUGAAGCCUUCUGAAUUCACAGAGAAGAACAGACAAACACUGAAGUCCAUCCUGAGUUUGUUUGGUGAAGAUGCUUUCAAACAUUCGAUGGUCAUCAUCACACAUGAAGGGAGUGAAAAAAGUGUCUCUGUGAAUCAGCUCCUUACAGACUGUGGAGGAAAACACUACAGUAUGGCUGAAGAUAACCACGGACUUCUAAUGGAGAAGAUCGACAACAUUGUUCAUCAUAACAAAGGAAACUUCCUCACCAUUACUGAACUCAUGAAACCAGCUUUAAACGUGGUUCUGUGGGGGAGGAGUGGAGCAGGGAAGACCUCAGCAGCCAAGGCCAUUUUAGGUCAGACAGAGCUUCAUUCAGUCUCCAGCUCAGAGUGUGUUAAACAUCAGGGAGAGGUAUGGGGACGUUGGGUGACCCUGGUGGAGCUGCCUGCAUUGGAUGGAAAACCUCAGGAGGAAGUGACGGAGAAAUCAAUCAGGUGUAUCUCCCUCUGUGAACCUGAGGGCGUCCAUGCCUUCAUCCUGGUCCUUCCUGUGGGUCCCCUCACUGAUGAAGACAAGGGAGAGUUGGAGACCAUCCAGAACACUUUCAGCUCUCGAGUCAAUGACUUCACCAUGAUUCUGUUCACUGUGGAGUCAGAUCCUACAGCUCCAGCUGUUGAUAACUUUCUGAAGAAAAACAAGGACAUCCAGGAGCUCCAUCAGAGAUGUGGAGGAAGACAGUUUGUCCUCAACAUCAGGGACCAGCAGCAGAUCCCAAAGCUGUUGGACAUGGUUGAACAAAUAAGACUGAGACCCAAAAAAGAAAAACUCAGCUGCUACACAACAGAAACAUUUGCAUGUGCCCAAGCGGAAAAGAUCAACACACUACAGGCUGAAGUGAAGAAUUUGAGAACAAAAGGCACAAUCAGCUGUGAUGAAGAGCAGCAGAGCCCAGAGAGUCUCAGGAUUGUGCUGAUAGGGAAGACCGGCUGUGGGAAGAGCUCUUCAGGAAACGCCAUUCUAGGAAGAAAGGAAUUCAAAGCUGAAUUAAGUCAAAGAUCAGUCACUAAAUGUUGUCAGAAAGCUAAGAGUGAAGUGGACGGUCGUCCUGUUGUUGUGGUCGACACUCCUGAUCUGUUUGACUCAACUUCAUCUCGUGAGAAGAUGAAUGAGGAGAUGGUGAACUGCAUCAGUCUUCUGGCUCCAGGACCACAUGUCUUCCUGUUGGUGUUACAACUUGGCAGAUUCACUCCAGAGGAGAAGGAGAUAUUGAAACUGAUCAAGGAAGACUUUGGGAAGAAUGCUGAAAACUUCACCAUCAUUCUUUUAACUGGAGGAGACAAACUGACGCGUGACAAAAUAUCCAUUGAAGAUUACAUUGAAGAAAAAUGUGAUGAUUCCUUUAAGAGUCUGAUCGCUGACUGUGGAGGAAGAUACCAUGUGUUCAAUAACUAUGAAGAACAAAAUAAGACACAAGUCAGUGAGCUGGUAACAAAGAUCGACACCAUGGUGAAGAAGAAUGGAGGCAGCUUCUACACCAAUGACAUGCUGCAAGAGGCAGAGGCAGAGAUACAGAAAGAAGUGAAGAAGAUCCUGAAGGAGAAGGAAGAAGAGAUGCAGAGAGAGAGGGAGGAACUUCAGAGAAAACACGAGGAAGAAAUGCAAGAGAUGAAAAGAAGAAGAGAUGAACAGAGAGCAAAAAUUGAAAAGACAAAAAAACUUAAAGAAAUGGAGGAAAACAUGAAGAAAGAACAAAAGAACUGGGAGGAAACAGAAAAAUGGUGGAAGAACCAAGAUCAACAGAGACAACAGGAGGAACAAACAAGAAUUAGAAGGCUUCAAGAAGAAUUUAACAGAGAAAAAGAAAACUAUGAAAAAAAAAGAAAAGCAGAUGAAGUCAAAUGGGAAGAAGAGGAGAAGAGGAAGUGGAAACAGGUCGAGGAAAACUACAAGAUAAAGCUGGAAGACAUGAGGAAGAAGUAUGAGGAGGCCAGAAUAAAAGCUGAGAAGACCAAUAAAUUCAAAGAGACUCACAAGAAAAAAACAAUAAUCUGUUCAGUUCUUUGAGAGUGUGAGAUUGUGGUCCAAGUGUCCUAACGGGAACCCAGUUUCAACUCCAAUCCUAUUUUUUAAGACCUGUAAGAGUGCUGUUAAUUUCAGCAAUGUCUUGACUCCUGUUGACAUAAUUGUGAGCUGUACAGUAUAACCAGUUUGUCGUCUUUCUGCACCUUCUGUUUGGUUGUUUUUGUUCUCCCCUCAGGAACAAGGGAAGUACAGUUAAAUAUGUUUAAAUACAGCACUAUUAUAAGAUGAUUGAUGAUUCCAAGCUAUACACUUGGGAAAAGCUAAAGUAAAACUGAUUAACCUCCUCUACAGAAGAAUGGUUAUUUCUUUGUGCCAUUAAAGAAAAUGUUGCAUAAAAGAAAAUGUGAAUUAGGGACAGUCAUAUGAGUUAAAUGUUCACUACGUCAGAACUUAUUCUGAAAAAGUGUUUCCAUCUCUUGUUUAGAGCUUUAAUCAUUUUUCAAAAAAAGACAAAAAAAGUGUUUCCAUCAAGCUUUUCUCAUGAGAAUCUUCAUAAUGCUCAGAGAAAUGUGUUGAUGGAAACACGACUUUUGUUAAAUAGCCAAACUGUUUGCUAAUUUUUUUCCAAAUUUUUCUGCCCAAAGUUGCAAAAAGACAGUUGUUGAGAAAACAGGAAGAUGAUGUUUGAGAGAUACUGACUGGAGGGGGCUGCAGUUGCCUCAAUAGGCAAGUUAAAGUUAAACAUCACUUUAUAUAUACAUUUCUUUACAUUUUGACCUUGUUAAAAGUUUGCAGUGACCCAUGGAUGUACAGACAGAUGAAGAAAACUUAACACGAUGAUUCUCAGGCUGUUCUGGAGUUAUCAGGAGUGUUAUCAGGAGUGUCUUAUAAGGAGGUAGAGAGUAAGACACACUGAACUAAAACUGUGUGUAUCCUGCCUGUUGUCUUUGUUAUAUUGUUCUUUUUAAUGUGAGGUUAAUACAGACAGUGAAGAGCUGACAGGAGAUGAGAGAGCAGCUAAUGUUGCAGUUCAUGAUCAGCAUCUUAAUCUCUGUCUGAUUUCUGAGAUUUUCCUCACAAUUCUUGCUGUUUUUACACCUGAGAUUUAGUCACUCUCUCUCUCUCUCUCUCUAUGUAUAUAUAUAUAUAUAUAUUGCUUUUUAUUAUUUAAUUAACUUCUGUAAAUCAUGAUUAUAAAGACAGCGACACAAUAAAUGUAAGGGUUUGUGUUGCUGCUGCAUCAGUCUGAGACUCAGAGAGAUUGCGAUGUGAUACGAGGAAAAGCAUCAAAUAUAACAUGAAUAUAAAUACAAUAAACCUGCAGAGUGUUCCUGUUAUUGUGUCCACCUUCUGUAUGAUCACAGUCACAUAUUUCAGCUGAUAGAUCCACUACAGGAUGAUCCACUGCAGCUUCACUGUGUUCACAGUUUUAUCCAGCAGGUGGAGCUCUAACAUGAACUACUGAGCUCAAUCUGUCUGCAUUUAAUUCUUCAGAUUUCUUUUUCUUUUUUCUGUCAAUGCAUUUAAAAUAUUUGACAAUGAAAAUCUUAAAUGUAGUUCAUGUUAAAUGAAUUAUUACAUAAUGAUGUCUAAUGUAACAAACUGUAUAUUUCACAAUGUAGAGUUUGUGUCUGCAUAUUUUAAAAAAAAAUAAAUCUGAUGAAUACUUUAACUGAU